AUGAAUGGCGUCCUCCGCUCCUCCUCCGCCGCCGCCUCCGCCUCCGCCUCCGCCGUAUUCCGAUUCGGAAUGAUACGAUCAACCGCUGUCUCCACCAUCAAACCGGUACCAUUACUAUCCUCCAGUCAUUCUUCUGUUUUUUUCCUGUUGGCAUUUACCAAACCCUUCUCAUUUUCAAUUGCCUCUGAAACUACCGAUCCACUACCCGUUUCCACCCCCAUUGCCAUUGACCUUUCUUCUCAACUCCUCUCCCUCCUUUCACAUCCCAAUUGGCAAAAACACCCUUCCUUCAGAAAGCUAAUCCCUGCAAUAUCCCCUUCUGUUUUCUCGUCGUUCCUCUCCCAAUACCCCCAUCUUAAUCCCCAAACUGCGCUUAAUUUCUUCUAUUUUCUCUCCCGUACCCCCAGUUUUACACCCAAUGUUCAAGCGUGUUCUUCUCUUUUGCGCAUUUUGAUCCCCAAUAAAUUUCUUGGGGUCGCCGAAAAAAUACGAAUUUUAAUGAUUAAGUCCUGUGAAACUGCAGAAGACGCAAGUUUUGUGUUGAAUAUAUGUCGGGAGAUGAAUACUUCUGAUAAUGAUUACAGAUUUAAGCUCAGCAUUAGGUGUUACAACACGCUCUUGAUGUCAUUGGCGCGUUUUCUUAUGGUUGAUGAUAUGAAAUGUGUUUAUACGGAGAUGUUAGAUGAUAAGCUCUCGCCGAAUAUAUACACUUUCAAUACAAUGAUUAAUGCAUAUUGUAAAUUGGGUAAUGUGAGGGAGGCUGAGUUGUACAUAAGUAAGAUUUUGCAGGCCGGGUUGAGGCCAGAUACACAUACGUACACUUCAUUGAUUUUAGGUCAUUGCAGGAGGAGUGAUGUAAAUAAUGCGAAUAAAGUUUUUGUGGAAAUGCCACAAAAAGGUUGUCGGAGGAAUGAGGUUUCUUACAAUAAUUUGAUGCAUGGGCUGUGUGAAUCUGGGAGGGUAGAUGAGGCGAAGAAGUUAUUUUUGCAAAUGGGUGAUGAUAAUUGUUGUCCUAAUGUCCGGACAUACACUAUUUUGAUUGAUGCACUGUAUGGUUCAGGUAGGAGUUUGGAAGCUCUGAGCUUGUUUCAGGAGAUGAAGGAGAAAGGUUGUGAGCCAAAUGUUCACACUUAUACAGCUGUUCUCGAUGGUACUUGUAAAGAUGGUAAACUUGAUGAAGCAAGGAGAUUAUUUGAUGCAAUGUUAGAUAACAGGUUGGUUCCUAGUGUGGGGACAUUUAAUGCUUUGAUUGAUGGGCACUGUAAGAAGGGAUUUAUUGAUGCUGCUUUUGAUAUAUUUGCCAUGAUGGAAUCAAAUAAUUGUCAUCCAGAUGUUAGAACCUACAAUGAGUUAAUAUCCGGAUAUUGUGAGGUAAAACAAGUGUAUAAGGCAAUGUCACUUCUUAGUAAGAUGCUAGAGCAGAAGUUGUCUCCGAAUCUUGUAACUUUCAACUUAUUAGUAUGUGGACAAUGUAAUGAGGGUGAUAUAGAUAGCGCUUUUAGGCUGCUCAGGUUAAUGGAAGAGCAAAAUGUAGUUCCUGACCAGUUAACUUAUGGUGCUCUCAUUGAUGCAUUAUGUGAAAGAGGGGCGGUUGAGAAAGCUUAUCAUGUAUACGACUCUCUCAAGGAGAAUGGUUUAAAUUCAAAUGAAGUUAUAUACACUACUCUGAUUGAUGGAUUCUGCAAGGCAGGGAAGUUUGAUUUUGCCCUAACUUUGUUUGGAAGAAUGAGUAGUGAGGGCUUCCGUCCGAACUCAUACACUUACAAUGUGCUGAUUAGUGGCCUGUGCAAAGAGAAAAAAUUGCCUGAAGCAGCAGAAUUUCUGGAAAGGAUGCUGGAAGAAGGUGUGAAACCUACAAUUGUUACUUACACUAUUCUCAUUGAGCAAAUGUUAAAAGAAUAUGCCUUUGAUCAUGCUUAUAGGGUAUUUCAUCAGAUGGUCUCCCUGGGAAAUAAACCUGACAUUUGCACAUACACUUCAUUUCUCGUCGCAUAUUGCAACCAAGGUAAGUUGAAAGAAGCAGAGGAUAUGAUGGCUAAAAUGAAAGAAGAAGGGGUGCAACCAGAUUUCAAGGCUUACACAGUAUUAAUUGAUGGAUAUGGACGUUCAGGUUUACUAGAUCGUGCUUUUGAUAUGCUCAAAUGUAUGGUUGAUGCUAGAUGUGAACCAUCUCAUUAUACCUACUCUGUUUUAAUCAAACAUCUCUUACAUGAGAAACGAAUGAAUGGAAGUGGUUGUAGAACGGGACUUGAUCCAAAAACAGAAGAAAACUUAAUUAAUAUUGCAGAUGUCUGGAAACUAAUGGAAUAUGAUACGGCUCUUAAGCUCUUCGAGAAAAUGGUUGGCAUUGGUUGCUCACCAAAUGUUAACACUUAUAAUGCACUCACCACUGGACUGUGCCGAGAAGGACGUCUCGAAGAAGCCUGGAGGUUGGUUGAUCAUAUGAAACAAUGUGGAAUGUCUCCCAAUGAAGAUAUGUAUAAUGCACUGGUGAAUUGUUGCUGCAAGUUGAAAAUGUAUGAGGAAGCAAUGAAGAUACUUGAUACCAUGCUCAAGCUUGGACUUCUACCACAUAUAGAAUCCUAUAAGCUGCUUGUUUGUGGAUUGUAUGACGAAGGGAAUGAUGAGAAGGCUAAGUCUGCAUUUUGUAUGCUUAUUCAAUGUGGUUACAAUUAUGAUGAAGUUGCUUGGAAGCUUCUGAUUGACGGGUUGUUGAAAAGGGGGCUUGUUGAUAGAUGCUCUGAGCUGGUAAAUGUCAUGGAGAAACUUGGCCAAAUUACUUCUCGUGGAAGUUUUCUAGGACGGUCACUCUAUACAGCAGGAAAAUUUCCUCCAACAAAUGGGAGAUCUUGUUUGCUUUCCAACUCAGCAUUAAGUAAGUCAAGGGGAAGAAGGCAUCAACUCCCCAGGCUGCAAGGGCAAACCAUUGUUCAUUGA